GUUUUAUUCAUACUUGUGGAGGCACUUUAAAAGGGAGGAAUGGGACGAUAGAAAGCCCCGGCUUUCCAUAUGGAUAUCCAAAUGGAGCAAACUGUACCUGGGUGAUUGUUGCUGAGGAGGGGAGCAGGAUUAAUAUAGUUUUUCAAUCUUUCGCUGUGGAGGAGGAAUAUGACUUUUUAUCUUUGUAUGACGGGCAUCCACACCCGGCUAACUUCAGGACAAGGUUAACUGGAUUCACCAUCCCUCCGCCUGUUACCAGUUCUGGCUCCAUUUUUUCACUGAGGCUUACCAGUGAUUUUGCAGUAAGCGCUCAUGGAUUUAAAGUUGUUUAUGAAGAGCUGAGAAGCAACUCAUGUGGAAACCCAGGGGUUCCACCCAAAGGAAUACUGAAUGGAACGCAGUUCAACGUAGGUGACAAGAUCCGCUACCGCUGCGUCACCGGCUACGUCCUGGACGGACAUUCACUCCUCACCUGUGUGACCAACACAGCCGGUGUGUCGGUGUGGGACUUCCCUGUGCCGAUCUGCAGAG